CGGAGCAGCUGUGUUUCCGGGUCACGGUUUGGGUCCCAGUGAACAACACGCGUGGAGACGGAAAAGCGUCCUCUGUGAAGCGGACAGCGGAGUUGAAGAGGCCGGAGGGACAGGAGCCGGAGAGCCGCCAUGGGUCCGCCUCGGUCGAAGAAGCGUCGUCCGACGUUCCGCCGUCUGCUGAAGACCAGCGGUGUGAAGUUGGAGAACAAGCUGAAGAACCGUCAGCUGAAGCAGCAGAAUGUGGCCAAGAAACAACGCAAAGAGCAGAAGAAGCUUCGCCAGGCGGUGAAGGACGCCGCCAUCAGGACGCCACGCCCCCUGGAGACGUACAGGAAGAGACCAGAGGAAGAGGAGGAGGAGGAGGAGUUUCUGGAGAGUCUGCCGACGGACAUGAUGGAGGAUGACGACCUGCGGCAGAUGACGGACAUGGCCCGCAAAGCCUCCUUCAUCACCAGAGACCUGUCGUCAUGCGCGCCGAUCCACAGCACGAAGAAGAGGAAGUCCGAGGUGAUUCGCAGUUACGAGAAGGUUCCCCGAAAAAUGGCAAAGACGGAGGAAAAGGAGGUGAUCCACCUGCUGCCGAUCAAAGACAAGAGCGGAGUGAUCCCACAGAGCGUGGAGAGAGUGAUCCAACAAAAGGAGGAGGAGGAGCCUGAGGAGGAGGGGGAGGAGCCAGAGGAGGCGGAGGACGCAGAGGGGGCGUCGGAGAGCGCCGACCACCUGACGCCGGCGCAGAGGGAGCAGCGUCGAGUCCAGAAGAUCCAGGAGAGGAAGACGACGAUCGCCACCCUGGGAUCCGCCAUCAUCUGCGACCCCGUCAACAAUAUCAAGCGUCUGAAGGAGCUCCGUGGGAUGCUGAUGGAGUCGGACCCCGCGGUGGCGGUGACAGUCAGGAAGCUGGUGAUGGUUUCUCUGAUGGAGAUCUUCAAAGACAUCGCUCCCACGUACAAGAUACGACCUUUGACCUCAGAGGAAAAGGCCGCCAAGGUGAGGAAGGAGACGCAGCAGCUUCGAGAGUUUGAAGAAAGUUUAGUGAGUCAGUACAAGUUCUACCUGGAGGAUCUGGAGCAGACCAUCAAAGACUGGAAGCAGCAGAAGAAGAAGCGCAGUCAGGCCGUGGGCUUCGACUCGUACCGAGGGCUGGCGGAGGUGGCCAUCAGGUGUUUGUGCGAACUGCUGCUCGCUCUGCCGCACUUCAACUUCCACAACAACAUCAUCGUCGCCCUCGUCCCGCUGAUGAACGACCCCGUCAGACAGGUGUCAGACAUGUGCUGUGAUGCGUUCAGGAAGCUCUUCCAGCAGGAUAAAGUGGGCGGGGCUGCGUUGGCCUCAGUUCGGGUCGUCUCUGGUUUGGUGAAAAGUCUGAACUACAACAUCCGACCUGAGGUUCUCCGGACUCUGCUGAGUCUGAGAAUUAAAGAGGUCCACAUGAAGAAGGACCUGGAGGACACGGCACCAAAGAAGAAGUUCAUGAACAACAAAGAGAAGAAGAAGAACCUGUCCAGGAUGCAGAGGAAGUGGAAGAAGGCGGAGGAGAAGUUGGAGAAGGAGCUGCUGGAGGCUGAAGCUUCAGAGAGUAAAGACAAGAAGAUCCAACUGCACACACAGACCCUGAACAUCGUCUUCCUCAUCUACUUCAGGAUUCUGAAAAAAGCCCAGAAGUCUGUUCUGCUUCCAGCUGUUCUGGAGGGGUUGGCCAACUUCGCUCACCUCAUAAACCUGGAGUUCUUCGAUGACCUGCUGAACGUCCUGCAGAACCUCAUCCAAUCAGGAGAUCUGACCAAUCAGGAGAGUCUUCACUGUAUCCAGACUGUCUUCAUCAUCCUGUCAGGACAAGGUGACGUCCUGAACGUGGACCCUCUGAAGUUUUACUCUCAGCUUUACCAAAUGCUGCCGAGGCUCCACGCAGGGGCGCCUAAUGAUGACAUCAGCAUCGUGCUGCGGUGCCUGGACGCCAUGUUGACUCGCCGCAGGAAGCAGGUGACGCUGCAGAGGGCCAUGGCCUUCAUGAAGCGACUGAGCGUGCUCAGUCUGCACACACUUCCCAACGCCAGCGUCGGACUCCUGGCUGCGAACAGAGCGGCGUUACACGCGUUUCCAAAGUGUGACUUCCUGUUGGACAACGAGGUCCAAGGCAGCGGCUUUUACCUUCCAGAACUGGACGAACCUGAGCACUGCAACGCCCAGAACACAGCGCUCUGGGAACUACACCUGUUACAGAGACAUUUCCACCCGGUGGUUCGUCGCUUCGCCGUUCACCUGAGUCGCGGCGCUCCCAGCGAAGGGUCGGGGGCGCUCGGCGUUGAGCUGAGCCGCAGGACGCCGGUGGAGCUGUUUGACGACUACAGCGUUAAAGACAUGACCUUUAACCCCCCGGUGGCCACGCCCACCUCAAAGAAGAAGGAGUAUUUCACGGUCGGAGCGACGCUAUUGGACGACGAACUGCAGAAACAAGUGGAAAAGGCUUUGAAUGAGGAGGAGGCGGAGCUAGACUUUACGAAAACGCAGACACCCAUCACAUAAAGGCAGAGCGGUCGGCGGGAUUGUUGUUAUUGUACAUGUAGAGUGAACUGCAGAACUGAUAUAAAUGUAUGUUUUCUAAGGAAUCUUGUAAAUCUGAAUCUGAAUCCUCGGUUUGAUGCCUUUGACAUUAAAGCCUCGAGUCACAUGA